UUCCAAAUCCCCAACCCUAAAACUAAAAUCAUUCCUCAGCGGCGCUGUCGACCUUCAAGCUCUCAUUCCGCAAAACGCAAACAUGGUUCUUCAAAACGAUGUCGAUUUGUUGAAUCCUCCUGCCGAGCUCGAGAAGAAGAAGCACAAGCUCAAGCGUCUCGUUCAGUCUCCCAAUUCCUUCUUCAUGGAUGUCAAAUGUCAAGGCUGCUUCAAUAUAACGACCGUAUUUAGCCACUCUCAAACUGUGGUGGUGUGUGGAAACUGCCAGACGGUUCUAUGCCAGCCGACUGGUGGGAGAGCUAGGCUCACCGAAGGUUGCUCUUUCAGGAAGAAGGGAGACUAAAUCUGAUCUCAAUGCAACGAUUGGAGGAUGAGUUUCGUAUGUUCCCGGUCUGGUUAUCUUUUUGAUGUGUUAAAAAUGUCUUUGUUUUAGCAGCAGAUUAAGGGAUUUAGAAAGACUAUAUAUCUUUUUGAUGUGUUUUAUAUGUGCUACUGUUCUCAAUUUAGUGGCGUUCUGUUUUUUGUGUGUUUUAAUGAAUGUGGAGUUGCAUU